CGUUCUCAAGACACGCCGUGACUGGUCGACGUUAGAAACACAGCUUGCGUUUGCACGCCGAAACCCCGCCAAUCUACAAUUACAUAAUCUAUGAUUACGAGAAAGUAGCGAUGGCGUUUUAUGGCCUGUGUUCUUUUGUGAGUAAAAAGUGGCGUUCUUGUUGGAUUUUCUAUGGGAGAUCGGUUCAUUAAUGUGAGCCCUGUGAUCAAUAUUGGAAAAGGUCGCACAAGUCUGACUAAUUGGAGAAAGAAAGCGAAGAGGGAAAGACGAAAAGGUAGCGAGCGCGAGGAAUAUAUGAGCUCCCGCUUUCGACGGCCGGCAAACGGAUUUGUCUCUGGCGGCAAAUGAAAUAUUUUAGUAAACUGACCAAAAUAAUUCCACCGAGAAACCAGCCUCCGCUGUAUGUGAUCGAUUUUGUGUUUCACUGAAAAGUUUCUAACAAUGUCAGAGUCAGAAAAGAAAGAGAACUGUGCGAUAGAGUGUAAAGAUAUCGGUUCGGAAGGUUUGGACCAAUGUAAUAGCAUGGAGAACAGCGGGGUCAGUUUAAACGAGAGUCAAGAUUUUCAUCUCGUAGACUUCGAAGACGAUACUUCUUCGGAUAAAGAAGGAAAGACUCCGGAAGUAUCGCGUUAUCCUUUAACCGGUAACAUAGACACUGCGGCGAAUGUGUCUGAAACCACAGCGGUAGAAUCUAAAUCGACUAAUUCUGCCGAGGAUCAAACUUUUAAGAAAGAAGAUGCGGAAAGUACACAAUUACCUCAAGUAACGGAAGAAGAAAAGGUAAAGGACGAUGAUAAUACUUUGAUAAAUAAGGAGAAACUUGUUGAUGACGAAGAGGAGGACGUUAUACAAUGUACCCCUCCUGAGGAUUAUUCGCCAUCCAAAAAGCAGGUUCUUAGUAACACAGGUGUGACGAGCCUGAAACGAAAAGCAGGAUCUUUCGACGAACCGCCCAAAAAGAUUUUGAAAACCAGCCCCAACGAGGAUACGUCUAUGAACAAUGAAAAAGAUGCGCAAGAAGAAGAGAGUCAGUUGUUUAAAGCCGACGAUACUCAGGCGGAUUUUCCUAAAAACUGCAUCGAUGCUAACACGAUAAUUGCUGAAACUCAAGAUGUUCCAGACGACGAAGUCACGGAAACGGCAACAGAUAAAUCGGUUAAAGAUGAACAGCUGACAGAGGAUUCUAAAACAUAUUUAGAAUCGCGUGUACAAGAAGUAGAUAAGAAUGAAAAUUUUAAUGAUACGGUGAAACCAAACGAAGCUUUCACAAGCAAAGAAUUUAAAGAUGAGAGCGACGCGAAUGACCCAAACGAGGACAGUACAUCGGUUUCCAAAACAGUUACUACAGAAAAAGUAACGUCAGAUAAGAAUAAUACGAGUGCAAUGGACUUGAACCCGAAUGAAGACUCGAACAGUAAUACACGGGAUAUGAAAAUAGUACAAGAUAAUAAGGUGGACGAGAAAGAAAGCGACGUUGAAUCUACGAGACACUUAAAUGAAAAGCCUAAAGAAACUCGAGAAAUAUCGGAUUCCGACAAAACAAGUGAAUCUCAUUCCAACGUAAACUCUGAAGCUACGAUUAAAAACAGAAUGAGCAUAGAACUUAUAUACGACAGAACUGCGAUUCAAGAAAUGAAAACAAAGCCCAAGGAAUUGGUAGAGAUCGACGAGGAUGGAGAGAAGAUUGUACUAGAUUCUUCGGAAGAAGAUUGCGACAUAAAAACGGAUGGUAAGAAAACUUUGGAUGAUACGAAAGCCGAAACAAUAUACAAAAGUUGCUACGACAGUAAGAGCAGUAGCGAGUUUAGUUACAAAUCGGUGGGAACCGCUAAAGAGUCGUCUCUCGAAUCAGCGAAAUCUAGCAGUAAACUUGUCAACGGAAGUACAGAGUCCAAAAGGUGUGAUACGGACAGUACGUCUAGCUUGCAAUCGGACACUUUUAACGAUACGCCGAUCACAGCCGACAAAACAGACCACAAUAUUGCUAUGCUCGUACAAAGCGUACACAGACAAAACAAAGCGGUCGCUUCUUCCAAGGACAAUGAUCACGCUGAUCUAUUGAGCGUAAGCGACAACGAACCCGACGUUUUUAUUAUGGACGACAAAAGUAAAUCAAACUUAACUCACGGUAGUUCUAUAACAAAGGCUCUGCACAUGGAAAAAGAAAUUGGUAUAUAUAUCAGAAUGAAAUGUUUACUACAAGUCGAAGAAGGUACAAAGGAAUUCCUAAGCAAGGAGAUCACUGGCGUGCAGUGUGAAGCUGUCGCGGAGCCAACAUCGAUACGUCAGAAAAACAACGAUACCUCUGCCUCUUUGGCAGACAUUUCCGGGAACGACAAUAAGGAUGCGUCUCCAGGAUCUAUAAACAGUAAUCCUCAGUUGUAUCCGUUGAACCCUUCUAGACUUUCAUUCGCAUCCACUAUCAGUUCUUUGAGUUCCGUAUCCAGUGCUGCGUCAUUGGCAGUGAAGCUCGCGAUGCGAGACAGCUCGCAUUUCUCUCUACCGAAAGCACCCGCGAAGCACGCGAAGAAGCACGUCACCGACAUGCAUUCGUUCACCGACAAGCAGACGAUAGACGAAGCGUACGAUCGUCUCAGUAAGGAGUGGCAAAACAGUCGACUCCUCACGACAAGCGUUUUGAAUUUUCUAAACGGAGAGCUGAGCGGCGUCGACACGUACAAUGCGAGCAAUGAAAGGAUAGACGAUCAGUUACAGAAGAUCCGCUCCUCCACGCCGGAAGUCCCGCUGGAAGCGGUUCAAGCGCAAACUCCUAAAAGCACAAGAAAGAACAAAGCGGUGAAGAGGCCAAGAAGCAAAAGCACCAAAUUGGAUAAUCAGUCGAAUGGACUGAACAAAGCUUUGUCAAAGGCAUUAAGUCCCACGGAGAACAAUGACACGCCGAGUAAGAAGAAAAGUAAAACAGAGCACACGGACGUCGCCUUGAGUACCGUUGACGUUUCAACGAAACUACCGGUGUCACAGUCGAUGGUGGACGACCUGAUUAGAAAGGACGUGUUCGCUAAAUGGUCCGACAAUAAUUACUACCCCGGUACGGUUAUCGACAAAGUGAAAACAAAGUAUAAGGUACAUUUCUACGAUGGGAAGAAUAAAGUGCUCAUCGAGGACUUCAUUAUAACGAUACCGAAAGUUUUGAAAACAGGCCUGUCCGUCUACGCUAUCACUAAGAACGACGAUUACGGAUCCUGCGGUAUAAUCGUCGAUGUCCAUACUGUAAAUAACGAAGUAUAUUAUACAGUAGAAACAGACGAGGGGGAGAAAUUGAAGGUUCAAGUUAAGGAUAUCUUUCUGUCUUUCGAUCAAGCUCAAGUGUUGAAGGAACUGAACUCGGAGAACAAAAGUCUUCCAACCACGCCGAAGCAUUUAGGUCAAGUAUCUUUAGAUAAUAUGGUCGACGGUAAAAGGCGCUCCAGAAGAAUCGGCACCCCGGUCUUUUCGACGCCCAAGUCGAAAUUAACGCACACGCCCGCGGCGAAGAACAUAGCGGAGCCGUCCGUUUCCGGCGUUGCGUCGACGCUCGCGAAAGAGAAGAAGCCGAUUUUCGAGAGCGACGGAGUGUCCAGCGAUUCGAACAUCUCCGUGUCGGACGAUAUAUUGUUCAUCGGCGUGCAGCCGGAAAUAAUUGGGACUCCUCACGAGCAGAUCGUGAAAGGACCGCAGAGUCGCAUUAAAGGCAAACCGAGAAGUAAGAAGAAAGUCGACGACGAGCAGACGAUCGCGACGUUCGGCCCGAUACCGAGCAAGGACUCGAAUCUGUUUAAAGGCAUGUCCUUCAUCUUGACCUGUGCGCCGUUGGAGACUCUCGAUCGGUACCAGUCCGACAUCAAGGAUUGCAGUUCGGAUCCGGGAACAGAGAACGAGGAGGAGUGGUCGAAGAAACCGUUCGUCAGAGACAGAUUGGUCAUGCAGAUAUCAGCCGGCGGUGGGAAAGUUUACACGGACUUUAAUGAAAUCCCAGAAGAUGAAUACAAAAGUACAAAACUAAUAACAAACGUGCCAAACACAACUGCGAAGACUUUACUGUGUCUUUCAGUGGGUAUACCCGCGUACAAUCACAACUGGAUCAUAAGGUGUUGCCAAGAGGGAAAGAUCGUGAAUCCAGCGGAGGACGAGCUACCCGCGGGAUGGAGUUUGGAUAAGAAGUCGUAUAUCGAAAUGUUUCAGCGACCCAGCAACAAACCAUUGACGGAGGUUGUUGUAAUAAUUCCAAAUAUAGAAUCGGAGAAGUUGUUUGUCAUAUUUUGGCGAAAAGUGUGCGAGAACAUGGGUGCUGUUGUUUUAUUAGCAGAUAAACCUGAUGCAAUGGAAAGUUUCGUGGAAGGAACAGUGGUUGUCACAAACAAGUCGUGUCCAUCGUGGGUAGUAGAAAAGGCCAGUGAAUUACAAAUUCCGUUGCUUUCUACAACAUGGGUUGUUCAGUGUCUAAUAGAGGGGAAAUUAUGUCGAGACGACAGGCAACUUCGUUAUAAAUAUAAUUAUACGCAGAAUUAGGUACAUUUAUUUGUCGAAACUACUUUUUGAGUUGAAAAGCAGGUAGAAUCCUGUCUUUGCGGAUUAUAAAAUCUUUAUUUUUAUUGUAUUACUCUGGAUUAUUUGUUUAAGCAAUUUAUGUAUUACAAAGUAACUAAUACUUUAAAGUAUUGCUUUGAUACUUGCCUACGAUAACUGAAAAAUCCAUUCAUUCUGUGAGUGUCCGUUAAGGAUUAAGUUCUUAACAGUCGAGUAUGUUUCAUUGGAAGAAAUGUGUGUAAAGAUAAUAUUUAUGCCCGAAAUAUCGAAACAUAUUUUAUACGAUAAUAUUCUGUACUAUAUGGAUAUCUGAUGUGAAGGUUUCUCUUACUAUGACUACUCGAUAUACGGAAGCCAAGUAUGCAUAACAACAUACGAUGUCGCUUAUCAUAAAUAGAAAGCUAUAGGCAUUAGAAUUUUGUAACAUUUUGUAUAAAUUGAAUUCGAAAUGGAAAAUCACUUUUAUAAGAAACUAAUUGUAAUGUUAAAGAAGAAAACGUCACAUUAUGAUUCUUGAUCAUAAUCUAUGAUAAUUAAAUGUCUCGCCACUUGUCUGAUUU